GUCUCAGUCUGUCAUUAACCAGACUGCUGAGUUUAAUUCAGACUUCACAGAUUUGAUCCAAACUCCAGACGGAUAAAGAAACACGCAGAAUGGGUGUUCAGGUCAUGUUCGUCGUCCUUUUCAUGUUUUUAGCCACAGUGGAAUCUCAAAAAGGAGGAGUCUCAUUCUGGAGAGACAAAGUUACUCUGACCUGUCCACAAAACGGAACAUGGAAGAAUAACAUGGAAAAUAAAAAUGCUUUAGAACCUGGUGAAACUCAUGAAUUCCACUUUAAAGGCCAGGCCCAAUAUUAUUGUGAAUAUGACAAUAAUGAAGAGGAGAAGAUAAAAUACUACUUCUUCGUAAAAGGGAAGGCCUGUGAAAACUGCUUUGAGGUGGAUGGAUUCCUGUUCUUGCUGGUGAUUCUCGUGGAUGUGAUUGGGACUGCGGUGAUGAUGAGGAUAAUCUACGCUUGCACCAAGAGGAAACACCCAAAUGCACCGCUUCAACCCCCAAGAACACGUAGAACCCGGCCUCAAGCGGACCAAUCUUCUGCCUAUGAGUCACUGAACCCCAACACUCAAUCAACGGAAACUUACUCCACUGUGGUAGAGGGAUUAUUUAGGAUGGCUGUUCAGGUUGUGUUCGCUGUCAUCUUCAUGUUUGCAACUUCCGUGAAGGCUGAAACUGUUAAAGGAGGAGCAACAUUCUGGAACAAGGAAGUCACACUAACCUGUCCUCUGACUGGUAGUGUAACCUGGCACAAGGAAAAAUCAAAAAAUCCAGAAACUUCAACAUCUACAAAAAAUGUACCAAAGGAAUUUACAUUCACAUAUGAGCGCCAAGUCCAAUACAGAUGUCAAUACGAGAUAGCUGGACCUCCACCUGAAUCAACAGUGAAUUAUUAUUUCUAUGUCAAAGGAAAAGCCUGUAAGAACUGCUUUGAACUGGAUCCAAAGAUCUUUCUGGGGAUCAUUGUUGCGAAUGUGAUUUGGACCGCUGUUGUGAUGAUGAUAAUCUACAGAUGCUCCAAGAAGAAAAGCUCAGAUGGACCAAGCUCCUCUAUUAAACCGACUCCGAGAGCUGGGCACCGGGCUCCACAUGGUCCAUCUGCUGACUAUGAGACACUCAACCCUAACACUCGAUCACAGGACACCUACUCUACUGUUGUGAACAGUGGUAUGGUGAACAGGACUGGAUAGAGACAUCUUCUCUACAAUUAUAAAACUCCUUACAUACAUCCUCACAUAUUUUAAUUUUUCUUUAUUGCAAAUCCCAAAUUUAAUAAAGAUGUAGCUUCAUACUGAAAAGUAGAAAGGUGCAGUUCUUGUACAUUAUGUCAGCUUGAAGUCAUUUUAUGGUAUGCAGCCUUAAAACAUUAAAACAAAAGCAAUAAACAUUGUUGACAGUUGACACAAACCAUUUUGUUCUACUUGUCUAUUAAAACAGCUUAUACAGCAUAAGUGAAAGAAUAAUUUAUGGCAGAUGUGUUAAAAAUGAAGUUAAUAUGUUAUAUAGUAAUGAUUUUAAAAAGUACAUCUUUAUUUUUAUGCAUCUGGGGUUUUUAUAGGGGUUUUUUCUUUUCAUUUGCAUUCAGUUUAUUUACAUGGCACAACUCAUGUCUCAAGGAAAUUUACAAAGAAAAAAACAGCUUAAGGUAAAUUUAGAAUAUGUUUCAAACUAGCAAAGAACAGAAAGUUUAUAUAUGUAAACCUUAGAAAGAACGAAGGUGGACUGGUUUAAUUUUUACCACUAAUUAGAACUUUCAGAUUUACCAAUUAAGGGCAUCUUGCUGCUCUAUAUAUACAUAUUAUGCUUUGAAUAUUCAAACUUUUUAUUAGAUUCAAUAAAUAUCACACCUGUAUGAUCAAACUCAGUUAUUUGCUUUAUUGUUUUUUCUAACUGUAUUUGUGCUUUUACUGAUGUUUAUAUUAUACAAGCAGCAAGUUUUGUCAGCUGUUUUCUUUCAUUCUCUUUUUUUCUUUUUGUUUUUAUAUUUUUCUCUGUAUUAAGUGUCUCUAACUGAAAUAAACAUGGGUAAACCUC